UGACAUACAUUAAUUAAUAGGUUUAAUAGGGUGACACAUGGUAAAAAAAAAAAAAAUGUGUAUUAAUUAGGAGGUAUGAUAUAUGUCAAAAGAAUAUUAAAACUAUUCUUUUAUUACAAUAGUGAUAUAUGAAUAACUAAUGUUUUUGACGUUAUAAAUGGUUUUUAUGCAUAAAAUUUCAUAACCAAAACUCUUACAAUAUGCGUGAUGGUUCCAAAACUUUGCAUCUCUAGGAAACAAGUUAACCUUAAACUAAGGGGAAUGCGAAAUACAUGAUUCAUAGCAAGACAUACUUUCUUCAUUAUUCCCAAUCUUUGCUCAGUUGACAUAUAUCACUCUCAUCUCAUCCGAUCCAACAAAACGAUUAUCGUGCCUCCGUCGUCGUGAAUGUGAUUGCACAUCCCUCCUCCCCGUGUAUCUAUCUGGAUAAGGUAACAAAAUCCCAGCUUUCCUACCUAUCGCUGUCGAUUUCAUCUUUAUACAUAUGCAUAUGUAUCAUCUAUGUAUGCGUAGAAGAACAAAGGGGAAUUCGAGAACAUUGGAUUCUAGGUGUUCAAGAUGUCGAUUAGCUUUUGUGUGGCUGUUUUUUGUUUCUGUUGAUACUAAGAGAAACUUUGAAACUUGUGGUUUUGAAGAGAAUUAAACCUAUUUGGUGGGGUAUCUGAAAGGAAUUUGAGGAAUCACUCUGAGAUUUAAUUUAAUCUUCUUAAGUUCAGUGGGCGUUAGUGAGAGUGACUUGUUUGCAUUUGUGGACUGUAAACAUUGAUAAACUAUUCAAGAUUUUCAUACCAUUUGCGAUUUAUUCAAUACUAGUGGCUACCUGCUGUUUACAUUUAUCUUCGUCAGCCCUUGACUCUCUUUUUUAUAUCUAUCUCUUUCUCUCUCACACACCACACACAAUUACAGCUAAAAGAUUUUAAAUUAGUAAAAUUUGAUCAUAAUCUUAACCUAGGAAAUUGAACAGAGACCAGGAUUUCUCGUCUGGACUUUGAAUCCUUUGUUUCAGGGUUCCUCUGCAAAUUAUGCUUGAUGUUUAAGAGCUCUUGUAAACAUGGAGAAAGAUUCAUACGAAAAAACCAAUCAUCCCAAUCAUGGUCUUCAGAUUAUAAAGCACCCCUCUUACCCAUCUUAUAGUAAACGAUUAAUAUCUUGGUUUGAUAUCCGUGUAUUCUACGUUAGAAUAAGCAAUUUCAUGAUUGACGGAUAUACCCCUCAUUAUCUCACCCUCAACCAUAUACCAUUAAACCCUGAUACUGUCCUUGAAGUAAAUGGUAAAAGAUGCAGCCUCCAAUCAGAGGGUAGUUCUUGUCGCCUAAAAAAGAACAGAGUAGACAAGAAAUUCGAAGAAGCCACUUUUGUAAGUACAGACAGUAUAAGAUUAUCAGGUGGUGUUAAGUUUGAGGUCUUUGAUGAUGAAGCUCUGAUUCUUUUUGGGACUUUGGAAAUGUCAAAUGAAUCAAAAGAUAAUGAUAAUGGGAAGUGGAGUAUGAAUUGUGAAUCAAUGAUUUGUGGUGGAAAUGGGUUUUUGAAAGGUGGUGAUUCGUAUUCAUUGCCACCUAUGAUUGAAGUUUAUGUUGCGGGAUCGUUUUCCGGGACACCGAUUAUUUUGACAAAAACUUUACAGAUUAGUCUCAAGAAGAAGCAAAAUCGGAAAGGAAUGUUGGAUUCCAUUCCAGAGUAUGAGAGUGCGGAAUCGGAAUCUCGUAAAGACGUUGUACCUGGACUUGAUCUUCAGGUAGGUGGAUAUGGGAAUUACAAGGGUGGAAUUGAGAAUCAUGAGAAUUAUGACAUGAGCCCGUAUUGGAAUCAAAUGGAGUAUCUGGAAGGAGAAGAUGGAGCACUCUCGUGGUUCAAUGCCGGAGUGAGGGUCGGAGUCGGAAUUGGGCUUGGUGUUUGUCUCGGGGUUGGAAUUGGAGUUGGUCUUCUUGUUCGAACGUAUCAAUCUACCACUCGAAACUUUAGAAGGCGGCUAUAGUAAUUCCUCUUAUUCCUUCUUGUGUUUUUAUUAUUUGUUUUCAAAUUUUGGUUAUAUUCUAUAAAGGGUGUGGAAAACAACUUAUUUUUGGCAUAAGUUUUAUCACCAAAUCGAUGUGAUGUGAUGUUGACCCAAGUGUUUGGCAUAAGGGUUUAGGGUUUAUGUAUUGUCUAUAUUAAGUUUUAGUAUUUUUCAUAAUUAUGGAACUCUAUGAAUAUACGGAUUUGCAAAAAGUUAGGUAAUAUGAAGUCUAUAUGCUUGGUUGGUUUGAUGAAGAUAAUAGAAUUAAAUUUAAGCAUCUUUUCAUUUCAUUUGUUAUUAGUAAGGUCUUUUCUCAAAAGUUUGUAACAAUAAAUGUGUAUUUUUCUGUUAAAAAAAAGUUAUUCUUC